CCCAGUUCUUCUUGUUGCACGCCCACACUGGCUGUUACAUGAACUUAUAUCAUGAUUUUAAGAGCACUCCGGUCAUAGAAGGACAGGACACCGUCGAGACGACUUUUAUUGCUCUAAACCGAUCAACCAGUUGAUCUUUCAUUUUGGAUUGCACUAAAAGGAUGUGGAUUCCAAUGCUGAGUUUUACUGCCCUGCCUCACUUGGGUGGGAUAAUGGGAGGUAUAAUCACAAGAAGGGAGGUGAAGACCUGGUACACCACACUUAAAAAACCUUCAUGGAGGCCACCUAAUGCUGCUUUUCCAGUGGUCUGGACCACUCUUUACACUGGCAUGGGAUAUGGUUCAUACCUGAUUUGGAAAGAACUUGGAGGCUUCACACAGGAUUCACUGGUUCCACUGGGGCUCUAUGGGACACAGCUUGCAUUAAACUGGGCCUGGACACCAAUCUUCUUUGGUGCACACAAGAUUAAACUGGCUCUGAUAGAGCUUUUGCUGCUCACUGGCACAGUAGGAGCUACUAUGGUGUCUUGGUAUCCCAUCAACCGCACCGCAACACUUCUGAUGGCACCAUACCUGGCCUGGCUCUGCCUCGCUACCUCCCUCAACUACCGCAUCUGGAAAGACAAUCCAGAUCCUAAAGAAGAAUAAAGAAACCAAUGAAAAUGAACACUAUUCUAACUAACAAAACUGAUUGUAUACACUGAAUAUACUACACUCUAAAAACAAACCGUGCUAAAUAGCCCUAAAAGUGGAUCUUGGCUCGUAAUUAUAGAGGAACCAUUUUAAGUGCCAUAUAGCACCAAUGAAGUACCUGUGUAGAACCAUAUCUUGCUAUGUAGAACCACAUGUGGUGCUAAAGUGGUGCUAUAUGACCCCCAUAUGGUUCUUCAUUGGUGCUUCAUAGGUGCUAUAUAGCACAAGAACCACUUUUAGUGCUAUUUAGCACAGUUUGUUUUUAAAGUAUAUACAAAGGUAAAUAUUGCAUAUUGCUUUUACACUUUGUUUAAUGAUCAUUUUGCGCUUAAUAUUUACUAAUCUACUUUUAAGCUAUGAAAACAAUGGUGCUUCUCUCUCAAUAUCAGCUGUAGUUAACAGUUUUUUUCAAAUGUGAAAAGUCCCUUAUAAUAACAAAACAAUUGUUUACUUGC